AUGGCGAGCACACUGUCCGAUCUAACUUCCACCAUCACAACCGCAUUGUCGAACCUCCCACCACCAGACCAGAUCCAAGAUGCCGAACGCAUGAAGCUUCUAGGCGCGAUAAGCCAGCUCCAGGAAGCGCUGGAGCCUCCCGAGCUGGCCGUACAGAGGAUGAGUGCUGGGUUCUACCACACUGCAUAUAUACGGGUCGCGCAGGGAAUGGGGGUUUUCGACGCAUUCGCUGAAGCAGGGGAUGUAGAGAUGAGUGCCCAGGAGCUUUCUGCGAAAACUAAGGGGGAUGCAAUGCUUCUGAAACGUGUGAUGCGACACCUCUGCGCUCACCGUGUCUUUGAAACUACCACUGCAGGAGCGUAUCGGCCUCUGCCGCCAGCGAUAGCGCUCAAAAGUGGCACGGUGCCUAAUGAAUUAAUAAAGCACCAACAUUCAGUCAUGCAAGUGUCUGCGAAACUCUUCGACUACUUCGAGAAGAACGGCUACCGAAACCCCGACGACGCCUACGACGGGCCCUUCCAGUACGCGUACGGUACAAGCGACCACUACUUUGACUGGUUGAAGAAGAAUCCCGAGGUACAGCAUGCCUUCAACGUGGCAAUGACGGAGACCGAGCGGGAUAGCGGGGACUAUUGGUUCGAUCUCUAUCCAGUUACGGAGAAGCUGGCCACCUCUGAUCCGGAUCGAGUUUCGAUUGUCGAUAUCGGUGGUGGCGUGGGUCACACCCUCAGAGCCUUCGCCAAGCGGUUCCCCGAACUACCAGGCAAACUGGUUCUCGAGGAUCUUCCCCAGGUGAUUGACGAUAUCAAGGAACCACUUCCGGAGAACAUGGACACCGUCAAGCAUAGUAUGUUCGAGCCGCAACCGAUUCAUGGUGCCCAGGUGUACUAUUUGCGGCGGGUAUUGCACGAUUGGCCGGACAAGCAAGCAUUGCUAACUCUGUCUCACAUCCGGGCCGCCAUGGUGGAGGACUCGGUCCUGCUCAUCCACGACUACACGUUCCCAGACGGCCAUGACGGCCCUGAUGUUUCACCAUUGGCGGUGAUAAUUGACCUUCAGUUGAUGGAGCUGUUCUCCUCUCUUGAGCGAACACAGCAACAAUGGGUGGCUCUUCUCGAGAAGGCGGGAUUCAAGGUGGCGAACAUUUAUAAGGGGCAGUCGGACGCACUCCCCUCUGCCCUUUAUGAGGUAACCUUGUGA